AUGGAUCCAGAAUGGUGGGAAAAUGGUGUUGAGAAAAUAGAGAAAGAGAAGAAACAUUUAUAUCAGAAGUGGGGAAGCACACAGGAGAGCCAGGGUACGGAGUCCAUGUGGAAUGUCCUAAAAAAACGCAGUGAUGUGUGUGGUGAGGCUGUCGCUCAUCCAGCUCAGAAGUGUGCUACACCAGAGGAUAGACAUUUUGUGAAUGGUAGUGGCCCAUUACAAGUGCCGGAUGUUAACCAGAGUGGCGGUGGUGAAGACUCUGCUUGUGGCAGCUACACUUGCGGUUCGUGCAGCGCGACUUUCUCGUCAAAGUAUAGACUUGUAAGACACGUCUUUGUCCACAUCAGUGGCGUGCGACCUCCACCGUACGUCUGUAGACUCUGCGGAGACGUGUUUCGCACGGGAGGCAGCCUACGCUUGCACCUGAAGCGAGAUCGGAGGCUAUCCGGCAUACGUCGAAUUGCACCGGGCAACUCACUCGCCCCUACUGUGGAUGGCAGCGAGGAAAAGUUCACGUGCAACGAAUGUGGCAGAUCUUUCAAGCGAAGUGACACUCUUCUGAAACACAGGCUAGUACAUAGUGAAGUGAGACCGUCCAUGUGGAAUGUCCUAAAAAAACGCAGUGGUGUGUGUGGUGAGGCUGUCGCCCAUCCAGCUCAGAAGUGUGCUACACCAGAGGAUAGACAUUUUGUGAAUGGUAGUGGCCCAUUACAAGUGCCGGAUGUUAACCGGACUGGUGGUGGUGGUGGUGGUGGUGGUGGUGGUGAAGGCUCUGCUUGUGGCAGCUACACUUGCGGUUCGUGCAGCGCGACUUUCUCGUCAAAGUAUAGACUCGUAAGACACGUCUUUGUCCACAUCGGUGGCGUGCGACCUCCACCGCACGUCUGUAGACUCUGCGGAGACGUGUUUCACACGGGAGGCAGCCUGCGCUUGCACCUGAAGCAAGGCGAGUGCGCGGCAGUGGCGGGGUGCAGCGUCGCCGACAGCGCUGGAGAUCGGAGGCUCUCCGGCACGCGUAGAAUUGCACCGGGCAACUCACUCACCCCUACUGUGGAUGGCAGCGAGGAAGAGCUAUAUGACACCCUUAGCCGUCACAGACGAGUACAUAAUGAAAUGAGACCAUAUAGGUGUGGUGACUGUGGUAAAACUUUCAAAUUCCGUACCUGUCUUGUAGCACAUACUAGAAUUCACACUGGACAAAAGCCGUACGAGUGCGACAUUUGUGGUACGUCUUUCGGGCGAUCUCAUAUCCUUGUGGAACACAGAAGGCAGCAUUCUGGGGACAAGCCAUUCAAGUGCAACGUGUGCAGUGCAACUUUUACUAGGGCUUUUGCGUUAAAGGAUCACGCGAGAAUCCACACGGGGGAGAAGCCGUAUGUGUGUGGCAAUUGUGGUACGACUUUUCGUCAAGCUUGUGGUCUUCUGAACCAUAGGAAACUUAGUGCCUCAGAGAUGAUGCCAAAGUGUGACGACUGCAACAAAUCUUUCGAAUUUGAUGAUCUCUUAAAGGAACUCGUAGUAAUGCGAACAGAAGAGAGGUCAUACCAGUGUAGUAAUUGUGGCAAAUCUUUCGUACGACCCUUCGAGCUUCCGACGCCGUACGAAUGUAGCUAUUGUGGGAAAUUUUUCUGCUUCAUUAGUACCAUCAGAAAACACGGAGUCAUUCAUGUGAAAAAGAAGCUGUACGCAUGUGUCGGUUGUGGAAACACGUACAAGCGCCGCGAUAAUCUUCAGAGGCAUCAAAAGACGGCGUCGUGUGGCAACUCUUUCGUUAGAGUCGAUGUUGCGAAGAAGAAGGCGUACGAGUGCGUCGAUUGUGGGAAAUCCUUCGAUAAAGCUAGAUCCCUCAGGAGGCAUCAGAGAAAAGGGUCGUGCAAGUCUAAUGAUGGCGACAAAUCUUUGUCGAGUUGA